GAGCCCCUGGGAGGAGGCCAUGGUGCCAAGCCAGUGGUGGGGCCGACUGGAGAAGCCAUUCUUCUACCUGGCCUGCACCUCCUUCCUGCUGGGGCUCGCCCUACUCAGCGUCCGCUCCGAUAUCAGCCCCGCCGCUUACUUCUUCUUUGCCCUGGGUGGCGGCUUCUUGUUGGCCUGCUUCCUGGCCUGUUUCCUGGAGUGGGUUUUCCGAGCCCUGCAGACCCAGACUGAGAGUCCUGGGCCCUCAGGUGCUGCACGGGACAAUGAAGUCUUUGAGGUGCCAACUUAUGAAGAGGCCGUGGUGUCUGAGUCCCAGGGCCACCCCCCAGAGCUGGGUCAGCCGCCCCCCUACUUCAGCAUCACAAUACCUCCAGGACUCAGGGGCAGACAGUCCAGCCAGUCCCCUCAGGGACCCAGGAGAACCACGCUGCAGAGGCGCGUGGUCUCGGAGGGCUCUCUGACCCUGGGUGGCAGCAUGGGGCAAACUCGGGUCAGCCUUCAGCUCCAGGGACCACGGGUCAUGUCCUCCACUUCCGACAUGCAGAACCUGGAAGGACCCCCCAAACUGGAGCCCCUCACGCCUCCCCCUGCCUAUGAUGUCUGCUUUGCCCACCCUGACGAUGAUAACGUUUUCUAUGAGAACAACUGGACGCCCCCCUAAGCGGCUUACCAGGAUCCCUGCCCAUCUGCACAGAGUGGGACCGAAUGACCCACUUGGUCUCAUGGCC